AUGAAUCCUCCCGUGAUGCCAGGCUCAUCCCUGGAACGGUCGACCAUGCCACGCCACAAUGAGGGUAACGAUCAAGAAGAGAUGCGGGAAAGUUCAACUGAAGACGUCUCACAGCGGGGAAUUGAGACAGUUGCCGUCCAUGACGAACGGUCGUCUGGCAAUGUGGGCAACGUGACAACAGUCGUGGAGGCAAUGCCUUCACCUCCUAUGAGAAGUGCUUUGUUUGAUCAGUCUUCGCUGAUAUAUGAUUCACCCCGACGAGUACUGGUUCCCAGUGGCUCACUGCAUCCCAUAUUCGACACUCAACUGGAGGGGCUGUUUGAAUUUCAUACUACUCAUACCGCAGUGAUAGCCCGGAGACCAGAACAAUCUCCUCGACUCAGUGUAUCGUCUCUGAACUCGUCACGAAGUCCCCAGCUUUUGGAAAAACUGGAAAAUGAUCCCAAAAAUGACGGUGAUUCUCUUGUGCGUCCUCUUACUCUGUACCGUGAGCCAGAAAGACAUACACCCACUGUUCGUGAAACUUCAGGAGAACCGCUGUCAGUGCUACCUGAGAGGGUUGAUUUCCCGGAACCUCAGGUACACCUUCCAGAAGAGCCAUCAGUGCCAAUGCGACUGAUUGAAAACACAACUGGUAAUUCGUCCGAUACCCCUUUACCACCACCAGAUAGGCGGAUUGUGGACCGGGAUCCCCAAAGAUUGCUGGCCCUGCUGAAACGUUUGCUGAAGGGAACCAUGGCUGAAACACCACUUUUGGUUGCAGCGGAGAGGUCUCCUCAAAUUACACAUAACGGGUCCCCACCUAAAGACAGCCGGCUCGCCCUCCUCAAUACAGAGAGCGGCUAUAUCCUGCCUUAUCUGCUGGAGCUGCUCGGAUCAUCCAAUUAUGGCACAGCCGAGAUUUUGACUCAAGUAAGAACGCCUCCAAAUAACCCUGCUACGCAAGGAUCUAAAAGAGUGGCUAUAAACCCUUUCGAUGUCUUGUAUGAGUCAACCCUGAAUCUCAAUGGCAAUUACCGUAACAGUACCACAUCGGCGGAAACUCAAUACCGUCGUGUUCAACUGGGGGUAGCACAAAAGACUGCGCAUAGAAGAGUUAUACUGGAGCUGGCUCCAGUGAUCACCAUUAUUGAUCCAUCCCCACAGCGACAGGGACUGGUGAUAUCGAGACUGGCGACAUUACGCAACCGUAAUCUGAUAAAGAAGCGUAAUAAAAUGAUCAAAAAGAAUGAUUUGAAAAAAGCUGAUGAAUUCAAUGGAAAGUCAAAGCCUACUAGUUGGCGAAUCCGUAUACGUCGGUAUUUGUUUCCGAUCCGUCGACAGAGCCUGUUAAAGUACCGUGCCAUCAGAAAUCAAAAGCCUGAUUAUAACACAGACGUUGAACUUGCUCGAGCGUUGUCUCGCACCAAUGCAGCUAACGUGAUCAAAUACCUAUUACCAAAUGAAGCAGACUUCUACCGAUACCACCAACUCUUCCGGGCGAACCCUUUACGCCAGUGUUCCAGGUACAAGGUGGUCACGGGUAAGCUGGGAUAUUACGAGAUAGCACCGAAACCAGCGAUGCAAAUUCUGGCGCCACUUAAAGACUCCUUUCGAAAAAAUGGCGAACCCAUCACGGUGUCAAACAUUAACUUGUAUAAUACCGUGUAUCUGCGAUAUCGUCAGGAAGUCUUCAAUGGUAACUAUCAAACUGUACCGCAGUUUCAGCAGAUCUUUCCGAAUGAUUUGAGUCUUCUACUGACUAAUGAAGUGAAUCGGGCUAAUCGAACAAUUCUACUCGAGUUAUUGUUGAGACGAACGGUUGCCGCCAAAAUCGAAUAUAGACUCAAAAAGUUUGGGAUUCCACAGCGAUCUGCUCUGUCUUCACUGGGUGAUUCACUGCUUACAAAGCCCCAUGACCGAGUAGGCACUGACACGUUCAAAGUUUCCGACGCGGGACCUCCACCAUUGACCAAAGAUAAUGGAUCAGAUCUUAAUGAUGAUGAAGAUAUUGAACUGAUUAAUACUGACGUCAUUUUACAACACAAUGCUGAUUUGCUAUCAGAAUUGUUACCGCUGCCUCAACUUACUGAAGCUCUGAGUUUCGGUUUGGGCGUGUUAAAGAGUGGUCUGGGACCUAGUUUAUUGCGACCUACAGUGCCACUGCCACAUCUGUAUGCUUUGGCUUCUGCUGAAAAUUAUCAAAAUUUAACUGAACCGCAAAAACUUGCAAGUCGCGAGAGGCAAAAGGCAGGAUUUCUUGACGAUGCAGUAGCACGUCUGGGUUUGUAUCAGUUGCGGCCGGUUCCGCGGCUGGAAGCCACUCUGUCAUCACUGAGCCUGAAGUCUAUUCUGCAUGACCAAAAUCUGAUGCUCCGAUUCAUGUCACUGCUGAAUCUCAGCAACUCCUCGAAGAAGAAAUCGCUGGUGCUGACUGAACGAAGAACACUUGUUGACCUGGCGUCAAAAAAGACGCCACCCUUAUCUUUGGAGAUGCUGGAUUACGCCAAGCUGUUUGAAACGGGUGACGAAGCUGUUGUGGCUGUGAAGUCUAUAACUGAUCGCCCAAAGUCCCAUUCGCCUUUAUCCUCGCAUGCGUUGCACUCGCAUGAGUUGCACAUACUGUCGUCAGUGGAAUACCGAAAUCACUUGAUGACACAUGUCGUUGAGGAACCUCUGCGGGUGGAGAUCAGACUGAUGAAGGGACUGCUUAUGGAAGCUCUGAGCACAAGAUGGCUGGGACUGCAACAACUGGAGCUGCCUAAUAGAAAGCCACAAUUGGAUGUUAUCAACUCGAGCGAGUUGAUUCGAAGUUACGAGAUCUAA